AUGCUCCCCUCGCACGGAAACUUCGCGGUUGGCUGGAUUGCCGCAAUACACAAAGAGUAUGUGGCAGCACGACAAGUCUUGGAUGAAGUAUACGAAGAUCUUGAAUUCCCACGCCCGGCCGAAGACCUCAACUCCUAUACACUGGGACGCAUGGAACGACACUAUGUGGUGAUAGCUUGUCUUCCAUCCGGCUCCUACGGCGCCCAGGCUGCCGCAGAAGCCGUUGAGAGAAUGAAAAGCAGCUUCCCGAUGAUACGCUUUGUCCUCAUGGUGGGAGUCGCUGGUGGGGCGCCGACCCAAGCAGAUGUUCGCCUCGGAGACGUCGUUGGAACUUGA